GAGAGCGCGGCCGGCCAAUAUGGAACGCCGACGCAGUACUAUCGACGGGAAGGUUGUCAUUAUCCUUCAUGGCCAAUCACCUCCUGCAAAUUCAUCCAUUUUUCUUCGGAUCUUUGGUUGCACUGAAGCCACCCCAGCAGGAUCUGGCGUAGGGAAGUCCGCAAAGGAAGCAGCAUGCCUCAAACAUGGAGAAAUGAACAACUUUGAUGGCAUGAAAACCAUAACAUAUAAACUGAAGUUUAAAGUGGAGCCAGAUUUUGGAAUUCCAGGAGCUUUGGUCAUGAGAAGCGAACAUAAGCAUAAAUUCUUCCUUGAGUCUGCAACUCUUGAAACCCUCAACCAGACUAUCCACUUCAACUGCAACUCCUGGAUAUACCCUGUCAAAAAUACCAAAGCUAAUCGAGUUUUCUUCUCAAACACAUGUUAUCUUCCAAACCGAAUGCCUAGUGGUCUAAGGGAACUGAGGAGGACAGAACUCCAGGGAUUGAGAGGAAAUGGAACUGGGGAGAGGAAGGAAUGGGAUAGAAUCUAUGACUAUGACUGCUACAAUGAUCUUGGCAAUCCUGAUAAAGGUCGAGAACAUGUGAGACCUGUCUUAGGGGGAUUUAGACAGCAUCCAUAUCCUCGGAGGGGAAGAACAGGUCGACCCCCCAGCAAUGCAGAUCCUCUGACCGAGAGCCGUCCAGAGAGAAGCAAGUUAGACAUAUAUGUUCCUUCAGACGAGCAGUUAAGCCCCAAGAAAUUGUCUGAGUUGAUAUCAAAUGUAGUCCAGGCUGCUGUACAUUUCCUUUUCCCUGAGACAGACAUGUUCCAACAAGAUUCUAGGAGUUUUAGUUCAUUUGAAGAGACGAGCAGCAUCUUUUCUAGAAAAAGGAACCAAGUAGUGGAGAAAUGGGUUAAAGAGACAUUAAAGAAAAUGGUACCAGAUAAACUUUACAAAGAAGUUAUUCAUGCAAGCAAGGAAAACCCAUUGGAGUUUCUAUUGCCUCAAAUUAUAAUAGAAAACAAAUUGGCAUGGCUGGAUGAUCAGGAGUUUGGGCGCCAAAUGCUUGCUGGAGUUAAUCCAACACGAAUCAAGAGCUUGAAGAUAUUUCCACCACAAAGCAAAAAUGGAGUGUUGAGUUCAAUAAAGAGAUCAAACAUAGAAAAGAGCCUUGAUGGGCUGACUCUUGAUGAGGCAAUGAACCAAUGGAGGAUAUUCAUCUUGGAUCACCAUGACUAUCUAAUGCCAUUUUUAGGCAGAAUAAACACAAAGGGUGUUUGUGUCUAUGCAUCUCGAACACUACUAUUCUUAAGGAGUGAUAACACACUAAAGCCAAUAGUGAUAGAACUUAGCUUGCCUGACUACUCCAGUGGCAAAGAGAUCAGUAGGGAGUUUCUUCCAGCAAGUAGUGAGGGUACUGAAGCAGCAUUGUGGCAGCUUGCUAAAGCUCAUGUUGCAGCCAAUGACUCUGUUUAUCAUCAACUAAUCAGCCAUUGGUUGCAAACCCAUGCAGUUGUGGAGCCAUUCAUCAUUGCCACUAGAAGGCGGUUGAGUAAGGUGCACCCAAUCCAUCGUUUACUGGAUCCUCAUUUCAAAGACACCAUGCACGUAAAUGCAAUGGCUCGGAGCAUCCUCAUUAACUCUGGAGGAGUCCUUGAGAAAAUAUUGUUUUCUGGCGAAAUCUCCAUGGAGUUGUCUUCCAAGCUUUACCAGGAGUGGAGAUUUGAUCACCAGGCCCUUCCUGCUGAUCUAAUCGAAAGAGGUAUGGCCGUAACAGACCCAGAUCCAAAUAAUCCCACUGGAGUUAAGCUCCUCUUCGAGGACUAUCCCUAUGGAAAAGAUGGACUUGACAUAUGGACUGCCAUCAAGACAUGGGUCACAGAUUUCUGCUCCAUCUUCUACAAAGAUGAUGAUUCUGUUAAGGCUGACUCAGAACUCCAAUCAUGGUGGGAGGAAAUUCAAACAAUGGGUCACUGUGAUAAGCAAUAUUGGUCAUGGUGGUAUAAAAUGACAACUUGCUCAAGCCUAAUACAGGCUCUGACAAUUCUCAUAUGGAUCACCUCUGGCCUCCAUGCUGCGGUGAAUUUCGGGCAAUACGCAUAUGCCGGCUACCCACUAAAUCGUCCCACACUAUGUCGGAAGUUCAUUCCAAUGGAAGGAACAUUCGAAUAUGCUGAGUUCCUCAAGGAUCCAGACCAAUACUUUCUUAAGACGUUGCCUGAUAGAUUUGAGAUGAGCGUUGGUGUAGCAUUAGCGGCGGUCCUAUCGCAUCACACAUCUGAUGAAAUGUACUUGGGUCAGAGGCCAUUAGAGUGGACAGACAAUGAAGAGGUUCGGCGUAAAUUUAACAAGUUCAUUGAAGAACUUUUAAAUAUAGAGAGAAAAAUCAAGGAGAGGAAUAGGGAUCCUAGCCUCAAGAACAGACAAGGUCCUGCCAAAAUUCCAUACAAUCUUUUAUACCCUGAUACAUCAAAUAUUGGAUUUGAGGGCAUCACAGGAAAGGGGAUUCCUAACAGCAUAUCCAUUUGACAUGUGUUAUGAAACAUAUCCUGUAUAUUUGUAUAACCUUAAACCAUAACAAGUGAAGUCCCACUCCAAAUGGGUUGCUCUAGCUCUACAGGUUUGCAGGUCAAAACAUGGGUUAUAAUAGUUGCCCUAGCACUCAUCUUAUCAACAUCGGCCUGGGACGGCAAAAGGUGCAUUAUCAACUUUCCCAGGAUUGCCCAGCACCAUAUCAGCAACCAUUUCAGCAGUUCCCAAAGCC